ACAGCCCUACGGAAAGUACAGCCACACAAAGUGUAGAUAGGGUUUCAUCUGCAUUAUUGCACAUGGCACAUAUGAGGGAGAUUUCAUGUAUCCUAGUACUUAGCUUUUUUUGCUACCAGCAAAAUCUCAUGAUUUUAUUUCCACACAAACAUUUGAAUCCUUGGCAAAAGUUUAAGCUUCCAUAGCUUCUUCCACGGAGAGGAACUCCUUUCUCCCACAGAGUCAUUUUGACUAUUUGUUACUAGAAAAUUUAAACUUGCUCAACUGAGAUUUUUUCAUUUAUAUCGGUAAGCCAAAGGAGUUUUGCAUUGAUUUCCUUGUAGAAGUGCUACUUUUCACAAAAGGGAUCGACAUUAUUCGGUUCUGUAAAAGCUAACUUUCCACCAAACUUGUAUUAGGCAAUGUCACCCCAGUAUAGUCUACUACUCCAUGUUCUUAACAUACUUGUAUUUUCAGUUCUGGAGAUCUGUGUUCCCUGGAAUUAUCGUGUUUCGAGACUCCACGGUUGAUGCAGGAAAUAACAAUCAAAUCUUAACCUUGAUAAAAGCCAACUUUCCACCAUAUGGACACGAUUUCGAAGGUGGAGAACCCACUGGACGGUUCUGCAAUGGUCGGUUGCCUAUCGAUUUCCUGUCAGAGAUGUUAGGGAUUAAACGUUCCAUACCUGCAUAUCUGGAUCCAGCUUUUGGUAUUGAAGAUUUUGCUACCGGAGUUACCUUUGCUUCAGCUGGAACUGGUUAUGAUGUUGCUACUUCAGAAGUGUCCGCUGUGAUACCUUUAUCUAAAGAAUUGGAAUAUUUCAAAGAGUACCUGAAGAAAUUAUCAUCCUUUCUCGGAAAGGAUGGCGCAGUAAAGACAGCAAGAGAAUCAUUGUAUUUUAUCAGCGUUGGAACGAACGAUUUUAUCCUGAACUACUUCACCGUGCCCGGACGGUCAUCUCAAUUUACGAUAGAUGAAUACGAGGAUUUUCUAAUUGGAAUUGCGAGAAAUUUCUUGAUCGAGCUUUGCAGAUCGGGUGCUAAAAAUAUAGUAUUAGUCGGGCUUCCUCCUAGUGGUUGCCUACCAUUAGUAAAAACUUUGAAUCUUGUUCCUGGAAGACCGAGUUUGGAAGAGAUAAAGAAAGCUAGUAAAGUCUUUAAUGCCAAGUUACAAAAUUUGGUGGCGACUUUGAGCAUAGAGCUUGAUGGGAUCGAGUUGGUGUAUGCAGAUAUCUACAAUCCUCUUCUAAAGAUCAUUCAAAAUCCAAACCUAUAGGGGUACCAUGAAGGAAUUGAAAACGUGAAGGAAGGAUGUUGCGCAACGGGAACAAUUGAGCUUGGGAUUAUAUGCAAAGCAGGGAAUCUGUUAUCUUGCCCCGACCCAAGCAAAUACUAUUUUGGGACGCAGAACACCCAAGUGAAAAAGUUUAUGGCGUACUGGCCAAUAUACUGAUGAAUACGACCAUAUCUCAGUUUGUUAAGUGACUAGGUAAAAAUGGACGGAUACCUAGUUUUCCAAAAUCAUUUUUUAAGAGAAUGUGAAGAAAGAUUCCCGAAAAACCAACAUGAUUUGUAACGUCACUAAUGAAUUAUAAUAAAAACUCUUGUAUAAA